ACGGGGGCUGCAACCUCCACCACCAGUUGAGAUAUGGCGGCGCCACCAGAUCGAUCUCUCCUCCCUUUCUUUAUAUUUUUCUCCGAUCUUUCCAAUUCCUUGUUUAGAUCCGCCACCGUCAGAUUCUCACCGCCGUAGUGCACAAGCAACAGGAGCAAAAUGAUCGCUUCUGCCGCCGUGAAUCCGCGUUUAUCCUUUUAUCGACCUCGCUUGCCCUCUGGCCUGAGUUGCACCCCAUCCUCGUAUCCGGCGGCCGCCUCCUCUCGCUCCGCUUCGCGUCGUGUUUGCGUCAGAAGUGCCGCCGCCACUAAACCUGCGAAAUCUCCCGCCGAAGAAGACUGGAAGAUCAAGCGCGAGCUUCUACUUCAGAAGAGGGUUCGCAGUGUUGAUGUAAAGGAAGCCUUGCGUCUACAGAAGGAAAACAAUUUUGUUAUUUUGGAUGUCCGGCCUGAAGCAGAGUUUAAGGAGGCUCAUCCACCUGGCGCUAUCAAUGUACAAAUAUACAGGCUCAUUAAGGAAUGGACAGCAAGGGAUAUUGCUCGGCGUGCUGCUUUUGCUUUCUUUGGCAUUUUCACCGGAACAGAAGAGAACCCUGAGUUUGUGCAGAGUGUGGAGUCAAAACUCGAUAAAGAUGCAAAAAUCAUUGUAGCAUGUUCCACCGGAGGCACCAUGAAGCCAUCACAAAGUCUUCCAGAAGGCCUGCAAUCCAGGUCCUUAAUAGCAGCAUAUCUAUUGGUGCUAAAUGGGUAUAAAAAUGUAUUUCACCUAGAAGGAGGGCUCUACAAGUGGUUCAAAGAAGGGUUACCAGCCGAAGCAGAGGAAGAAUGAGAUCAAAAUGUAGAAUUUUGUGGCACUUGAAGUCUGUAAUUAGGUGCAUUACUCAAUUCAAAGACUAAUCAGUUUUUCCAAUGGAAUUUUCAGAAAUAUCAAAGGCAAUUCACUGUGUAACCUUUAUAUCAAAAGAUCCUCACUACUCUGGAUGGGCACAUACUUCCUUGAUCAUUCACAGUGGUAGUCGUCUAGGAUUACAUAUACAUAUAUUGUUCUGCUGAUGAGAACUAAGUAGAUUCACGAGGACGGUUCGAAGUUUUCCACACAGACACUUUAUACACUACUCUGUUUUAAGCAUUUGAUUGGAUGCAGCAGCACUCUUCUUCCUCAAUGAGAAGGAAAUCAUCGUUUCUUCAUUCUUUGAGUUGGCGUUGCAGACUUGCAGGUGGGAUUUAUUCA